AGCUUCCUGACUAAGAACUGUCUUGUUCGGCGUUCGGUGGGUGGCAGGCACCGUUGAAUGAGACGCCGCCUUUUCGAACGACGACAAUGGUCAACAAGCGACUGGCGGUUGUGCUUCGGUUUGGAGAGUGCAUGUUCCUCUGCAAACAAGAACUCUUGCUUUCUGUGAUAGAGCAUACUGGUGCCAACAUAGUGAAUACAUGUACAUGACAUCAUAGAACAAAAGAACAGCUAAAACAAGAUGGGCGCAAACUGCAGUGCAGACGACCGAAGGUUGGAUGGGAACGUCGACCAUGGCGCUCGUUCCUUGGGCGCCUCUUCCUUGGUGACGCUGACGGAGGACCCAAUUCUGUUGGAAAUGGGGUUCAGCUCGCAAGUGUCACGAUUGUAUGAUGUCAUUGAAGUUCUGGCAGAAGACGAAGAGGUGGGGUCGCUCUUCAAAGUGAGAGUGCGCAACAUGUUGCUUCAGGAACGGUUCGGCAGUGUCAGCCGGAACGGCAAGGUGAUCGCUCCCAGUCCGGACAACAACAACAGCAACAACAACAAGAAUGCCAACAGCAAGGGAGCUACGAAAGAGCUUUCGACACGGACGGCUGGUUCCUCUUCCAGUGAUGGAUUGAGCCACAGAACCUAUCUAUUCAAACAGAUCCUUACCAACAAUCCAGUGGUACUGCUGCGCUGGUUUCAAACCAUUGAAUUGUGGCAAAGGCUCGAACACCCCAAUCUACCUCGUCUCGUGGACGUGCAUGAAGACGAACAUCCUUGUGGUAGUUCCAAGCUGUCAAACGACAAAACCUUUAGCAGUGUCUCGUUUGUGAUGGAACACUGUGAAGGCAAACCCAUUUUAGAACGUUCCAGGUUUUACACCGAGUCGCAAGCCCGCAAGAUUUUACGACAGAUUCUAGAUUUGAUCAAGUACCUGCACUCUCGAAACAUUGUCCAUGGUGACUUGCAAGCCAAAUGGUUUCAAUUUGAACAGGCGGAUCCCAAGCAAUGGAAGAUUCAAUUGACGGAUUUUUCCAUGGCGCAUCCAGUAGAACCAGGAACUGGUGCAGCAAACACUUCUUUUCUACGGAUCAUGAACGAUGACUUUGAAGUGGGCAUGUACUCGCUAGCACCCGAGGUGUUGCUCAGUGGUAGACCACACAGCCCCGCUGGAGACAUGUGGAGUAUUGGGAUCAUCCUGUAUCAGAUGCUGUCGGGAAGGCAGCCGUUUGGUGACAGCGCAGAGGCAUUCAUUGAAAAUAUGAGAGUUGGAAGCGCGCCACCGACAUUUGAGGAACCCGAGUGGAAACGGGUGAGCUCUUCGGCCAAGGAUCUGAUACAAAAGCUUCUCAAUCUAGAGCCCAAUGCACGGUUGACAGCAGAACAGGCUCUCAAGCACGGUUGGUUUUCAUCGUUGUACCGGGGACUCUCUUCUAUCUCUUAUCAUGGGUAGUCGAGAUGGAUAGUUGUGCAGAUAGGGGACAAGAUGUGUGUACUGGUACUACAACGUAGUAAGCCAAACCAGGUCGUGUACGAUAGAACAGUGUUGCGGAAUUUCGCAAGAUCAAGUCUCUUUUGGGUACCGUAGGUCGAGCCAAGGGGAUACGUUUUUAGAGAAAAAUCGGCAACCACUCUGUAUUGAGAUCCUUUCAAAUCAUCGACUGCACACGAGCUCGUUCUGGAGGCACAUGUGGUACCUAGCACCUCCAACACAACCUCAACGGCAUCGUCACAGGCAGUCAGCCAACCGACCUACCGAUAGAAACCUCGGCUCUGAAACGGAUUCAGACAAAAUGUGCAAAUCGAGGCUCUCGAGUCCCCUCACCUCGUUCCAGAAACUACUUCAUGAAGUCGAUGACCAAUACCUUAUCUUUUAUUAAUGGAAUAAUGAAUGCAAUAUGCACGCAAUACGAAGUAACAAUAUCGACAGCCUUCACUUCCA